AUGUCGAUUAGUUCUGCAUCUCAAGUGCUGUCGCCAAACAUGAACUAUGUGGGUACGCUUCGUAGAAAGAAGGAGAAGAGAGGUAUCACGUUUUCCCUGAUGCUAGUGGGUGCAUCUGGUACUGGUAAGACAACUUUUGCCAAUAAUCUUUUGGAGUCUACUGUUUUUCCACACAGAUACCAACAAGAUGUUCCAGCUAGUACGAACAACGAGAAUGUGAAGAUAGUUCAGCCUACCAAGGUUGUUACGUUCAAUUCGAGCAAUGGUAUUCCUAGCUAUAUGUCUCCAUUUGAUCCUGCUUCGCCAUUCUUGGAGCCCGGGAUCACUGUGACUUCAACUGCUCUGGAGAUCACGACUAAGGCCAAUGACGAUGGAGACAAUUCUGUGCCAGAGAAGAUCAACUUCUUCUUGACAGACACCCUAGGGCUGGGUGAGAAUCUAAACAAUGAGCUAUGUUUCGAUGAGAUUGUUUCGUACUUGGAACAGCAGUUUGAUUCUGUGCUUGCGGAAGAAACAAGGAUCCGCAGAAACCCGCGUUUUCAAGAUACAAGAGUCCAUGUCGCGUUAUAUUUCAUUGAACCAACGGGACACGGCUUACGUGAAUUGGACGUGGAAACAAUGAAGAGACUGUCUCGUUACACAAACGUUCUGCCUAUCAUUUCUAGGGCGGACUCCUUCAAUCCUGAAGAGUUGAAAAGGUUCAAGAAGAACAUCAUGGAAGAUAUUGAUAGAUUUAAUGUUCCGAUUUACAAAUUUGAAGUGGACGAAAACGAAGAUGAUUUAGAAACCAUAGAAGAAAAUAGGGCAUUGGCUAACAUUCAACCAUUCUCGAUCAUAUGUGCAGACCAGCGUGAUAGUGUCACUGGGAAAUACUACCGUCAGUACCCAUGGGGUAAAAUAGACAUCGAUAACGAGAAUAUCUCUGACUUGAAGCUGCUAAAAAGAGUGUUAUUUGGUUCUCACUUGCAAGAGUUUAAAGACACAACCCAAAACUUGCUGUAUGAAAAUUACCGUGCCGAAAAGUUGGCGUCUGUCCCCUCAUGGGACAUUGAAAAUUCUACCGUUUCUGAUCAAGGUGCUGCAGAAGACCCAAAUACCAGCGCUACUAACAAUGGUAACAUAAUGAACGGUUUGACAAGAAACUCUACAGCGCCUUCUUUGUCUAAUUUUGCUUCACUAAUAAAUACUGGGAAAUUCAAGUCACAACAAUCUUUGGCAGUUCCCCCACAAUCAGAUACUCCUGAAACUCCAAAACUAAACAGCGUAGAUGAGAAAGAUGAAGUCAGUACCCUACCUUCGGUCAACUCCCCAAGAUCUAUUUCUGCUAAAAUUCAAACGUCUCCAGAGAGAACUAAAUUACGGAAUAUUUCCGAGAAUGUUCCAUAUAUGUUGCAGCACGAACGUAUUUUAGCAAGGAAACAAAAAUUGGAGGAACUCGAAGCACAAUCAGCUAAAGAACUACAGAAAAGAAUCCAAGAGCUUGAAAAGAAGGCAAUUGAAUUGAAAAUGAAGGAAAAACUGUUAAGACAGAAUUCAUUGACACAUUCUCAAUCUCAAGAGUCUAUUAACUCAAGUGCCACUAGGCAACAAUCUGUAUCAGGAACUGUAAACAUAAAGAAAGAAGAGACAUACAAUGAUUUGGCCUCCAUUGUUAGCAAAAGGGAUUAA